AAAAACGACGACUUUUGUGGAAAAAUCGCGUUUUGUCAAAGCCGGGCGUAAGCAGGAAGCAGCGGGACGUCACAUGACAGCAGAAACAUGGCGGCGGUGCAGUGGCAUUCUCGCGGGCGGCGGUACGAGGCGGAGCUGCAGCGAUGCCGUCUGGAGGCGACGCCGGUGGACUUUGGAGACUACCAUCCUCUGAAGCCCAUCACGGUGACCGACACCAAGUCUCGGCGUGGGGCCCGUAAAGGCAGCACCUCCUCCUCCUCCUCGUCUUCGUCCUCGGCGGCCCCGGACCCCCUCAGCUCCAUGCUGGACGGGACCGACCCCCUGUCCAUGUUCGCCGCGGCCUCGGCCGGCGAGACGCCCGGCCUGCCGCACAGCGCCUCCGCAGGGGACUUGGGGAGGAAGAGGAGGGAGAGGGAGGAGGAGGCGGUGGGGUCGGACUUUGAGCCGUGGUCGGCAAAGAGAGGAGAGAUCCUGGCCCGGUUCACCACCACCGAGAAGCUCUCCAUUAAUCUCUUCAUGGGCUCAGAUAAAGGAAAAGCUCCGAGCCCAGGAUCCUCGGCUGUUUCAGAGAAAGUUCGCACACGCCUGGAGGAGCUGGACGACCUGGAGGAGGGCUCCCAGAGAGAGCUGCUGAACCUCUCCCAGCAGGAUUAUGCAAACCGCAUCGAGGAGCUGAACCAGUCACUGAAGGAGGCCUGGGCCUCCGACCAGAAGGUCAAAGCCCUGAAGAUCGUCAUCCAGUGCUCCAAGCUGCUGUCCGACACCUCGGUCAUCCAGUUCUACCCCAGCAAGUUCGUCCUGAUCACAGACAUCCUCGACACGUUCGGCCGGCUGGUGUACGAGAGGAUCUGGACCAUGUGCUCGGACCCGAGACCCUUACCAGAGUCGUUCUCCGCUGACGACGUGAACGACACGGCGAAGGAAACCUGCCUCAACUGGUUCUUCAAGAUCGCCUCCAUCCGAGAGCUCAUCCCCAGGCUAUACGUUGAAGCCGCCAUCCUCAAGUGCAACCGCUUCCUGAACAAGUCUGGUAUUCAGGAGACUCUCCCCCGGCUGACGGCGAUGAUCAGGGGGAUCGGAGACCCUCUGGUUGCCGCCUACGCCAGAGCUUAUCUCUGCAGGGUGGGGAUGGAGGUGGCGCCCCACCUGAAGGACAGCCUGAACAGGAACUUCUUCGACCUGCUGGGGACGUUCCGGCAGAUUCAGGGCGACAGCGUGCAGAACCAGCUGGUGCUGCAGCGCGUCGAGAUCCCCGAGUACCUCACGCUCUACUCACCUGCCAUCAACUGGAUCCUGCAGUGUAUCGCCUACAGGGCUCCAGAGCCUCUGCUGACGGAGAUGAUGGAGCGAUGCAAAAAACUGGGGAACAAUGCCUUGCUGCUGAAUUCGGUCAUGUGGGCGUUCAGGGCCGAGUUCGUGGCGGCCAGAGCCACCGACUUCAUCACCAUGAUCAAAGACUGCGACGAGGCCGGCUUCCCCAAGCACCUUCUGUUCGGCUCUCUGGGUCGCAGUCUGGCUUGUGCCGACCCUCCCGAAGCAGAGAGACUGCCGAUCCUGAACGAAGCCUGGAAGGUCAUCACUAAAGUCCGCAGCCCGCAGGAUUACAUCAACUGUGCAGAGAUCUGGGUAGAGUUCACCUGUCGACACUUCACAAAACGUGAGGUCAACACGGUUCUGGCUGACAUCAUCAAGCACAUGACGCCUGACCGGGCGUUCGAAGACGCCUAUCCGCAGCUGCAGUCGGUGAUCAGGAAAAUCCUCACCUACUUCCACGACUUCUCGGUCCUCUUCUCCAUGGAGCGUUUCCUGCCGUUCCUCGACAUGUUCCAGAAGGACAGCGUUAGGGUGGAGGUGUGCAGGUCCAUCAUGGAGGUCUUCAUCAAACACCAGCUGGAGCCGACCAGAGACCCCGUCAUCCUCAACGCCAUGCUGCACAUCUGCAAGACCAUGCACGACUCCGUCAACGCUCUCACUCUGGAGGACGAGAAGCGAUCUCUGGCUCUGCUCAUCAACGGCUUCAUCCGCAUGGUGUCUUUCGGUCGGGACUUUGAGCAGCAGUUGAGUUUCUGUGUCGAGGCUCGAGCCACGUUCUGUAACCUGGAGCCGGUGCUGGUGCAGCUCAUCCACACGGUGAACCAGCUGGCGAUGGAGACCAGGAGGGUGAUGAGAGGAAGUCACUCCCGCAAAACAGCCGCCUUCGUCAGGGCGUGUGCUGCCUACAGUUUCAUCACCAUCCCGUCUCUCAGCAGUAUUUUCUGCCGCCUCAGCCUCUACCUGCUGUCCGGUCAGGUGGCGCUGGCCAACCAGUGUCUGUCGCAGGCGGACGCCUUCCUGAAGGCGGCGGUCAGCCUCCUGCCUGAGGUUCCUCGCUCCAUCAGCGUGGAGGGGAAGCUCCGCCCCUCCGAGGGCUUCCUGCUCGACUUCAUCAGCAACUUCCUGUCCACGCUGCUCGUCGUCCCGGACCACCCGGAGCAUGGCGUGCUCUACCUGGUGCGCGGCCUGCUCAACAUGGUGCAGGACUACACCUGGGAGGACAACGGAGACGCCAAACUCCGAGUUUACAUCAACGCCCUGCCGCUGCUGGCCGCCAUGAGCCAGGAGGCCUACCUGUACUGCAUCCCCCGAGUCGACUCCAACGAGACUCUGUACGGAGGAGACCCCAAGUUCCUGUCUGAGAUCAACAAGCUGUGUGAGACCCUGAUCGGACAGGUGCUGGACCACCUGAAGGCUCUGGGCCGCGACGAGCAGAGCGUGCGGCGGCAGGCGGCUCUGGCCUUCUCUCUGUUCGGCUGCCUGCUCGCUCACGGCGACCUGAGGAACAACAAGCUCAACCAGCUGGCCGUCAACCUGUGGAACCUGAGCCACAAGCACGGACACUGCGACACGCGGGCCUCUGUUCGCACCCUGGAGUUCAUGAAGCACCAGGCCCAGCAGCCCGACAUGGCUCACCUCUCCGACACCGUCCAGAGGCUGGCGCUGCAGUCCCGCACCUGAGCACACACACACACACACACACACACACACACACACACACACACACACACACAUACACACACACCAGGCUUCAGAUUCACACUGAAUGUGGACGCUCGGCUUCGACUGAUGAGCUUCUAGCAGGACGAGAGCGUCUCCGAUGUGAUGUGUUCACAGCGCAUCAGGAAAAUCCGCCACUUCAAAUUUGGACCAUUUUCAUGCCAAAACACGACGAGCGCUCCGUGUUUCCUCCACAGUUUUCUUCUCACCGGCUACUUCAGGCUCACUGCGGUUUGAUUUGCACGACUUUUUGAACUGUAAACUCGACUGUUUUCAUUCCUGAGAGGUUUUGGGUGAACCAGACCCUGAAACGUCACGGGACACUGAACCUUCACGUGUUAUUUCAGUGUUAACAGCUCCAUAAUAAUAAAACACAGUACGUACUAAAUUAUAAAUGGGGAAACUCUGGGAAACAGUGUUGCCUUUAAAUGAGCACUUCACUACAAAAACGAGAACUCAUUUUAUUACAAAGUGAAUAAAUAAAGUCCCUGCAGGUUCUCCGGAUGGCAGCCUGCACCACAUCCCAGGAGAAAGUCAGAUUUAAUAAAAUGGCAUACGGAGCUGGUGUGAGAUGGCUUGAGGAGGAAAGAAAAACUUAAAUCACUGAAAACAGAUUUAAAUCAUUAAAAAAAAAAAGAAAUCUGUUACCCGCCUGUUUCGUUCAUGUUGAGCAGAAAACCCGGCC